AAUGUGCGAGAAAGAGGCACCUCAACUUUCUCUGGGUUUUAUCAGGUGAUAGGUCGUCGUACUUGGCCACCACACUCCCACUGCUCAUCGCACUCUUUUCCUCUUUUUAAUCCUUUUUCCCCCCACCACAACUCCACAUCACAAGAUUCCACUUUCCUUCCUUUCCCUACCUUCUUUAUUUCUCACUUUGCAAUGUCCCAGUCCAAUGGAAAAUAACUUCAAAAUGCAGUGCGAAUUCAGAUUAGUGGGACUUCAAAGUGGAAAAGUACCAUGGCAUUUGCACCAGAAACUAUUUCUGUUGAUUUUCGAAACCAUGAAGCAGCUAAUGAUGAUCUCCCUUCCUCCUUCCCUAGUCAUGUCUUUCCCUCUUCUUGUCCUCCUCAUCAAGAAUUUCAAGGAAUUUCACCGUUGUUAAUGAGGAGAGCCAUGUCAUUUGAUCAUAAUCAAGAAUCGAGAGUGGAGGACGACAUGUCUGAUGAUGAUGGCUCUUCACACUUACUUGGGGAGAAGAAGAGGAGGCUGAAUUUGGAGCAAGUGAAGGCACUUGAGAGAAGUUUUGAGAUGGGGAAUAAACUUGAGCCUGAGAGGAAAAUGCAACUGGCUAGAGCUCUAGGGUUGAAACCAAGGCAGAUUGCUAUUUGGUUCCAGAACAGAAGAGCUAGGUGUAAAACUAAGCAAUUGGAGAAAGAUUACGAAAUCUUGAAGAGACAAUGUGAUAAACUUAAGGCUGAUAAUGAUGCACUCAAGACGCAAAACAAAAAACUUCACUCUGAGCUGCAGUUAUUGAGUCUGGGAAACCGAGAAUCAGCUGGAGGUACAGCACCAAUAUUGUUUAAUCUGAACAAGGAAAACGAAGGAUGUAAUUGGAACAACAAUGGAAGUGGCGAUGAGAACAACAGUACUAUAGACGUUAAUCUUGGAACCACAACAAGAACAUCAUCAACAAACAGUCCACUCAAUAACCAUGAUGUUUUUCCAACAGCUUAUAAAGUAGACCAAACUGUCAAUGAAGAAGGAUUUUGCAACAUGUUUACCAAUGUGGAAGAUCAGACCAAUUUUUGGCCAUUGCCAGUGCAGCAACACUUUUACUAAUUUUAAUUUCUUUCAAGUUAAACCAUUUUUUUGGGUCUUAUGCCGACAGUUAAAUUUACUGUGUGUAUAGUAAAAUGCACAUAUGUUAUUGUACCAGGAUUGUUAUUAAAGACUUGAAAGUGACGAUGUAAGAAAUUGGUAAUUUAUAUUAGUAAUAUUUGAUUUUUUAUUCUUGUGAGAGACAGAGGUGUUGUUUUUGCAAGGUUGGACAACUUGGGAGGACAGAUUAAAAUAAUAAAAAAGAUUCAUGUUCUGAGCA